AUGCGACUCGGAAAGUACGAGAUCGGGAAGACGCUCGGCGAGGGUUCAUUCGGGAAGGUGAAGCUUGCCCGGCAUGUCGACUCCGGCCGGACCUUCGCCGUCAAAAUCUUGGAACGUCAGCGAGUCAUCGACCUCAAGAUUGACGAACAAAUUAAAAGAGAGAUUGGGACUUUGAAGCUGUUGAAGCACCCAAACGUCGUUCGAUUGUAUGAGGUUUUGGGAAGCAAAACAAAGAUCUACAUGGUCCUUGAAUAUGUGAAAGGGGGAGAACUAUUUGACAAAAUCGCAUUGAAUGACAAACUUUCAGAGAAUGAAGCCAGGAAACUUUUCCAGCAACUGAUUGAUGCUGUAAGUUAUUGUCAUGAAAAAGGUGUUUACCAUAGAGACUUGAAGCCAGAGAAUCUUCUUCUUGAUGAAGAGGGCAAUUUAAAGAUAUCUGAUUUCGGUCUCAGUGCAUUGCCUCAACAAUUUGGGAAUGAUGGUUUAUUGCACACCACCUGUGGAAGUCCUAACUACGUUGCUCCUGAGGUUAUUGCAAACAAAGGGUAUGAUGGUGCCAAAUCAGAUAUAUGGUCUUGUGGUGUCAUUUUAUACGUUAUGCUGACAGGAUGUCUUCCGUUUGAUGAUAGAAAUCUUGCUGUUCUUUAUCGAAAGAUUUUUAAGGGUGAAACAGACAUUCCUCACUGGCUUUCUUCGGGUGCUCAAAACUUGCUCCGGAGAAUCCUUGACCCAAACACUUCAACCCGGAUCAAUGUGGAUGAAAUCAAAGCACAUUGUUGGUUUAAGCGGAAUUAUAUUCCUGCUAUCCCAAAUGAUGACGAUGAAGAUUUCAGCAGCGAUGAUGAAGCCUUCUCAAUCAAAGAGCCUGCGGAGAUUGAUGACCAUGGAAAUAUAUACACUCACAUCAACGCAUUUCAGUUGAUUGGAAUGUCUUCAUGCCUGGAUCUUUCUGGCUUCUUUGAGAAAGAGGAUGUUUCUGAAAGAAUGGUCAGAUUCACAUCAGAAUAUUCAUCAACAGAAUUGUUUGAGAGGAUUGAGGACAUUGUCACCAAAAUGGGAUUUCACGUCCAGAGAGGACAUGGAAAAAUCAAAGUUAUGCAACAGUACCUAGCAGCGACCGCCGAGGUGUUUGAGCUCAAUUCUUCCUUGUAUGUUGUGGAGCUAAGAAAAUCACAUGGAGAUUCUUCUCUGUAUCAUCAGUUAUGUGAAAAAUUAGAGGCGGCUUUGGGCGUUUGUGACAGAACACAAAUUGCUGCAACCCAGCCUUUGAUGCUCAAAGGGGGCAUGCCUGUUUCGGCUUAGUGACAGUCUCUUUGUUUUUGUUUACUGUCCGAGCACCAUCAAACUCUAUUGUAUCCUUUAUUGUAUUGGAAACCAAAAUGGCUUCUUAGCAUGUAUUUAGUUAUCUAAUUAAAAAAAAAAUUAUAUGCAUGUAUACA